AUGGCUCGGAAGCCAUACCCCACCCCGCUGGUCAUCCCGCCGCUAAGGGGGGAGCAUACACAUACCAUCAUCUCCCUUCAUGGGAGAGGUAGCAACGCCGAGCGUUAUGGCUAUGAGCUUCUCAAGUCUGCGAAUCUACAAGCUCGACUCCCGACAGUGGAAUUCAUCUUCCCCACUGCAAGGAAACGGCGGUCAACAAUCCUCAAACGGACCCCUAUCAAUCAGUGGUUCGACAACUAUUCCCUCGAAGACCCAGGGCAGAGAACGGAACUACAAAUUGAGGGACUCUGUGAGACUGCUGAAUUUAUUCACGAUUUUGGGCGAAGGGGGUUAUGGAAAGGUCAUCCUGUGGGGGCCUGUGCGGCUUGCAUUUUCACGCUUUUGGGGGGCUACGACGACUCCGAUGAGGAAAAGACUCUUGGAGCUUUCAUUGGAUUGAGUGGAUGGCUGCCUUUUGAACAGCAACUGAGGGAUAUCCUUCGAUGCCAUGAUAACCCGAUCUUCAGCCAAGAUGAUCAUCCCGAAACACAAUCAGACGAUUCUGACACAGAAGAUGACGAGGUCUCCGAGGAAGAGACUGAUAGUGAUGAAGAGCCAGACGUACAUGCAGACGCAUUUUCUGAUAAAUCAGAUGAUGACCUUUUCCAACGAAGCAGUUCCUCGCAUGACAACUUCGACGUUUUCGAGAAAGGCGAGGAAGAAGCAGCGCCCUUGGUCGUCCAAGCAGUCAACCAUAUCCGAGACAUCCUCGAUCUUCCCAUGAUUUCCGCAGAUGAGGGAUCAUCACAGAACGAAUUGUCAGCAAAAGGGUUGCACCAUCUUCAAACGCCUGUAUUCCUUGGACAUGGCUCAAAAGAUCCAAAGGUUUCCGUGAACCUUGGCGAAAAGAUGUCUCAUGUUCUGUCAACUGGUCUAGGCAUGGAUGUGACAUGGAAAGCUUAUGAGGGAUUGGGGCACUGGUAUCGCGUUGAGGAUGAAAUUCAAGAUAUUUUGAAUUUUCUUCAGAGUCAUGUCGGUCUACCGGUGGAACCCGAGGUAUCUCUGCCAAAAGCUGAGGGUGAGACUAUGUGA